CAUGCAAUGUCGUGCCGGCUAGGCAACACGAAUUGAUACUACUUGAGUUCUUCCUCACUUUCCCAUUAAUACCAAUCCUUCUAUCACAGUUAUGGCAUUGGCGACAUUGGCGUUGCUCGGCGGCUUGGCCGCUGCCCAGUUUCCGCCGAAGCCCGAAGGCGUCAAAACAUUACAAUCUAAACAUCAUCCAGGUGUCAAGCUCUCAUACAAAGAGCCAGGACUUUGCGAGACCACACCAGGCGUCAAGUCCUACGCAGGAUAUGUUCAUCUGCCGGUGGAAUCAUUGAAUGAAACUCAUGAACACAAUGGAUACCCCAUCAAUACUUUCUACUGGUUCUUCGAGUCAAGGAAAGAUCCUCACAAUGCCCCAUUGGCCAUCUGGCUGAAUGGAGGACCUGGCGGCUCCUCGUUGUUGGGAGCUCUUUCGGAGAACGGCCCUUGCUUCGUCAGCAACGACUCGAAGUCCACUUACCUCAAUCCGUGGUCUUGGAACAAUGAAGCAAAUUUGCUGUUCAUAGACCAGCCGAACCAAGUGGGAUACUCUUACGAUGUGCUCACGAAUGUGACAGUCAACCUUGGUGCAGAUGACCCAGAAAGAAACAGCCCAGUUCAACCCACAGACUUCUCCGAUGGCGUACCAGAGCAGAAUAACACAUUUCUGGUCGGGACCAUGAGCAGCCAAAAGGUCAGCUCCACAGCAAAUUCCACGCAGCAUGCCGCCACCGCGAUUUGGCACUUUGCUCAGACCUGGUUUGAAGAGUUUCCUCAGUACAAGCCCAAUGACGAGCGAAUCAGCUUGUUCACGGAAAGUUAUGGUGGGCACUACGGACCUGGUUUCAUGGACUACUUCGUCCGACAGAACAGCAAGAUCGACAAAGGCGAGAUCCCAGCAGAGGGUGCACAUUACCUCCACCUUUCUACACUCGGAAUCAUCAACGGCUGUAUUGAUGCUCCGGACAUGAUAGAGUCCGAGAUUAUCUUUGCUUACAACAACACCUAUCGCGUGGAGGCCAUUUCGGAAGAGGAAUACGAGAGUAGCCUGCACGAGUUUCGCAAACCAGGAGGAGUUCGGGACGAGAUUGAGAAGUGCCGUGAAGCUGAAUCCAAAACAGACCCUCAUGACCAUGGGGACGUGGCCAAGACAAACGAGAUCUGCUCCGCCGCUGCCCAUCGUGCCUCGAACAUUAGUGACGAGGUCUUCGUAAGAGCAGCUCGUGGCGCACGAUUUGACGUUACUCACGACGCGCUUGAUUCAUUCCCGCCGCCAUACAUGUUUGGCUGGCUCAACCAGCAUGAGGUGCAGAAGGCUUUCGGUGUGCCAGUAAACCACUCGUGGUUCUCGCCCGCAGUUGCGGAAGCAUUUGAGCGCACCGGGGAUCUGGUCAGAGGAGGGCAACUCAAGCAGAUCAAGAAUGUUCUCGACUACGGCGUCAAUGUCGCGCUCUUCCAUGGCGACAGAGAUUUUGCUUGCAAUUGGAUCGGCGGCGAGCAGUACUCGCUGAAUGUGCCGUGGUCGCAUCAGAAAGACUUCAGCAAGGCUGGAUACACCCCACUUGUGCUUUCUGAGCCAUACACACAAUCUGGUGGACUUGUUCGGCAAUAUGGGAACUUUUCCUUCACAAGAGUCUAUCAAGCCGGCCACAUGGUGCCCUCCUAUCAGCCAGAAGCUGCAUAUCGCAUCUUCAUGCGAGCCAUGACGCAUCGCGAUAUCGCAACUGGUACAAUCGAUCUGAACGACUACGCCAUCGAGCGCGGCAACCAAUACUCCACCACAGGGCCAAGCAACACGUGGUGGAUGAAGAACGACGUGUUACCACAGACGCCUCACCAGUGCUACGUCCUUGACCAAGCUUCACGCUGCACUGAAGAAGAGAAGAAAUGUAUCGAGGACGGCACAGCUAUCGUCAAGGACUGGAUACUUAUUGGACGAACAAGCGAUUCCAACGGAACGGCGACAGAUGACGAUAUUGCCAGCUCCCUCGCAGAACAGGUGCCCUUUAAGACGGACUUGUGAUCAAGGAGUAGUGCGAGUCUUUGGACAAAGCUACAUGGAGGUCAGCGUGAACGAGAGUGCAAACAUCCUAGAAUCGAGCAGGAAGGUUUGCACAGCUGCUGUCGAGAAGCCCGAACGACAAUUGAAUCCUUUUGAGGCGUCGCUGCCUAGGGCAUUUACCGGUCUCGAAGAAGUCCAGCCAGUAGAUGAAUGCAUCGCAGCUAGAUGAAGACCAUCUCAAGCUGCGGCUGAGGAGAAACCCUGAAGCUACACAAUCCUUCUCGAAGCUUGUUAUGCAUAAGCGCAUCUAGAUAAUCAAUUCUUCCUCCACAACUCUCACGGCCGGUACGGAUACGGCAGAGAUCUGCAUUUCACCCUCGCAAACCGACCCCAGUCCGCAAUAAUUUGCGUUUCGAAUGCUUCCACAAAGAC